UUCUACUACAGAGAAGGAAGAAGACCAAACAAACACGCCUGAGGCCAGAGUUGCGAGGAAAUCAAGGGAUGUGUACAAUGGCUCGAGUCCUUAUGGAAUGGAGUGUUUUGCAUGCUUUGGGAACACUUCGUCAAAAAGUGAUGAUAACUGUUAUGAAGGCAUGAGUAUGCCAACAAAGAAGUGUGCUGACGCUGAGCACUGUUACAUAGAAAUUAAUCCUAAAUUCAUCAAAAGGGGUUGUAUAUUACCUGGACGGGUAAAUAGGACAUUUGUAUGUAAAUGUCCUCUCUGUAACGACAAACCUUCUUUCGACACACAGCAUUACGAUUAUAAGAAAAUCAGCGAUUGGGAAUAUGAUAACGCUCGUCUUCAAACGCCUCUGUAUGCAAUGGAUCUAAUGUGUAAAGUUUGUGAAACUAAAGGGACAAAUCCAACGUCUGAUAAAAACUGUAGAUAUGGCAAGAAUGCAGAUUACAUGGUGUGUGCCAACAACCAGCUUUGUUACACAAAUAUUGAUGAUGAGAUAGAUUUUGUAUCCAGAGGAUGCAUUGAUAAGCCAAUAUUUAAUUCAAUUUUUUUCUUUUGCAAUAAUACUGAGUGCAAUUCCGAUAAAUUCCCAAAUCCUACAGAAAAAUUAAAAUUGCGUUCAAAUGAUAUCAAACUGAAAGACGAUCCUGCAAGGAGGAAAAGGAGACCUGUUGUCGUCUCAAGUUCACAUAAUGUGUACAAAUAUAAUUUAUAUCUAAUACUCACGAUAAUCCUAAAAUCUAUCAAAUGCAUUUGAUUUAAUUUUAUUUAGAUAUGCAAAAUGAAUUACACCUUGGAAUAAUUCAUCUAAUAAAAUCUUUUUGUAAUAAAAUUUUGCAUCAAAAAGGCCGUCUAUUAUGUAACUUGACGUUUUAAACUGACUCUCAAAAGCAUCUCGAAAGUACGCCAAACUUCAAUUUUGAUUACAACAUGACAUGGACAUCGACGAAUCACUUGCCAUUAACCAAGAAUAGAACAAUGAACAGAAGAUUUUUUUAUUUACUUUUAUUUAUUAUUAAUGUAAAAUGCGAGCAAAAAGAAAAUACCAAAAGUCAUACACACCUACCGUACUUUAGACGAAAAGUAGAAGAAAUCGGUGAGACAGAUUUUUUUGAGACAACCGAAACAGAGGAAUCCCAAAAUUUAGUAUCGUUUCUGGUCAAAAAUGUGAGAGAAAUCUUUAACGACCUAGUCGACACUGCAGAAACAACAAAAAUAAAAAAAAUUGCUUUGAAAAAGAAAAUACCAGAAAUUAUACCUAAUACAAGUAUUGUGCCCGAAACAACGAUAACGUUAGAACCAGUUAAACAUAAACCAAUUCUUGAUAUUUUUAUGAGUGAAGUCAAUAUGAAUAGCACUAGUAUUUCUACUACUGCACAAUCUACCGAUAUGACCGAUACAACUGAAGUAGAUGAAAACGUACCUCUUACUACUUUGCUAGAAAAGAAGCAGGAAAGUACCGACAGCAAUGAAAUAAAUAGAAGGAACGAAAUUAUGCAUCUUUAUAAAGAUACAAAAUUUAAUUCUAAACCUGAUAAAAAGGAACGAGAUAUCGUUGGGUUUGCAAAUAGUCGCAAUUCUACGGAAGUUGAUGGAGAGCUGAGUGACCCGAGGCGGUCAUGUAUAAUGUGCAAUAACAUUGAGUCAGAAGAUUGUAAUGAUCCCAAAAACAAAUUAAUAACGUCAGUAAUGUGCGAACGUGACGAUGAUUUGUGUUAUUCGCUGCACACGCCUUUUGGGAUAAUGGAUCGUGGAUGUUUCAACGUAAAUCACAAUCUCACCACCUACGUGUGUUCCUGCAAUCUUUGCAACUACCUAUCCAUUUCUGAGAUGCCGUUUAUGUUCUCCCACAAGCGAGAUUGGGUCGAUAAUGUUAUUGAGCUCUCACGUACGAGGCAUUUUAGAAAAUCUGUGUUUAAAGAUAUGUCUUGCCUGAGAUGUGAAGUUAACACGACCACCAAAACUGGUGAUAUGCUCGAUAGUGCAAACUGUUUAGAAGGAAACAUUGCUAAUUUACCAGUGGAAGACUGCAAUUUAGAUGAAGUUUGUGCAGUGAGAGCGCUCAGGGCUGAUGGCUAUAUUUGGCGGGGUUGCAUCAAAUCACCGCUGUACAACUACUGGUGGUCAAUUUGUGACCGCGACCUCUGCAACUAUGAUACCAUUGUGGCGCUUUAUGAUUUCAUCCUUUAA